AUGCAUACACAGAACAUACUCAGUGAGGCCCCUAAUUUAUCCAUGGCGGGCCUUCAAACCAACGAGUUUGACACUUUUUGUUCUCAAUCUAGCAAGAAAAGAAAUCACGAGCCAACUGAAAUUGAAGAAGAAGCAGCACUUGCCCUCUUGAUGCUAUCUCAGGACAAUCGGAGUUGGCACACUGGUCCAACCACCAUUGCCGCCACCGCCGCUGAACUCAUAGAAGAUGUACUAAACCCCGCCUCCGCCGCAGUCACUACCACUAGAGAAAGAACAGGCGCUUUAGCCUCAGCCGGCGCUGACAAGAAAUCAAUAGAACCCUUUUCUCCUACUAUUAUCGCUUCUCCGCUGGACCAGAAUAGGUCGUACAUUUGUAGCGUGUGCGGCAACUCCUUUUCGUCAUACCAAGCACUCGGCGGCCAUAAAACCAGACACCGUGAUCGGUCUCAAUUCGCCCCCACUACUGCAAUCACCAACACCACUAAUAUCUCUUAUCUCAACCCAAGCUGUAGGAUUCACAAAUGCAACGUCUGUAACAAGACUUUUACCACUAACCAAGCUUUGGGUGGCCACAUGCGGAAGCACUAUGAAGAGCGUGAUAAAGGGCGGCAAGAAAACCAGUGUGAUCAUAUCCAAAGGUGGUUAUUCCCGCCGAUGCAGCAGCAAUAG